CGCCGCGGGUGCGGGUGCGGGCCCGGUCAGCUGAGAAGGCCGGGCGCCGGGGCCGCUGCCCGCUUCGCCUCUUGCGCGCCGAGAAGGGGCCAUGCUGCGCCCCAAGGCCUUGACGCAGGUGCUGAGCCAGGCCAACACGGGAGGCGUCCAGAGCACCCUACUUCUGAACAACGAGGGCUCUCUGCUCGCUUACUCUGGUUAUGGAGACACAGAUGCCAGAGUCACAGCUGCUAUAGCCAGCAACAUAUGGGUGGCCUACGACAAGAAUGGGCAUCAGGCAUUUAACGAGGACAAUUUAAAGUUCAUCCUGAUGGACUGCAUGGAGGGCCGCGUGGCAAUCACCAGAGUCGCAAACCUGCUGCUGUGCAUGUAUGCGAAGGAGACGGUGGGCUUUGGCAUGUUGAAAGCAAAGGCUCAAGCUUUGGUCCAGUACCUCGAAGAUCCCCUCACCCAGGUGGCUGCUUCCUGAACAGGUGGAAUGCCGGGUUGUGGCAGAAGGCGACAGGGCUGGGGCAUGAAGUCGGCCUUUCAGUCUCGCAAAUCCUGCCUCCCAGCAGACCGCGAAAGGCGCUGAGUGCCUCAUGCUUCUUUCAGACACGAGAAUAAUAACAGAAGAGAAUAAAGGAUGCUUUCAGCA